UGUCUCCCAAGUAGGUUGCCCGUGGCAGAGCUUUCUGCACGUUUAUAUACUGACUAUGUUUUCUUUGCCGCGUGGUAUUUACUUCUAGAAACAAAACACGCGCCAGAUACGUAGACUGACUGCCUGGGUUGAAGUCAUCGGUGCGUAACGAAGUGGGAACACUACAUCAAGUAUUAUAUAAAGUAAUUUAACAGUCUAAGCUGUACACAUAUUUUCACGUCACAAAAGGUUGUAAGCCACGGUCGACAAAACAUGUGGUGAAAUUGUCUCCGAGUAUACGAGAUGCCGACAACCAUUUGGAGAUUAGCCCUUUGUAUUGUAGCAUUAGCGGGAAUACAUUGUGGUCCAUUUCACUGCCAUCGACCAAACCAAAACUGCCACCAAAGUGGAACCUGUAAUGCAAAUGGUACCUGCACGUGCCCUACACACCUUGAAGGAGACGAUUGUUCAAUUGUUAAAGCCAACAUCAAUGCACAGGGAUGUAAUGCACUGACUUGUAAAAAUGGCGGUGUCUGCGUCAAGAAAGGUAACAGUGUGGUCUGCGCAUGCUCAGUGAAUUACUAUGGGACGGACUGUUCUCAGGAACGCUAUCAAAUAAAAUGUUCCACAUCAGAAAUAAUCUUCAACAUCAACCCUGUGGGAUUGUUCGAAGGUUUCGCCUUCGUGGCAGACAGAUUAAAUGUCUCGGCAUGUCGAUCGUCGCCCGUUCCGAGUCCUCCAAUAGACGACGACGGAAUACCAGACACGUGGGAGGGUCACGUGUUGCGGCUAAAAUUCGACAAUUCCAUAUGCGGCAAGAUUGAUCCUGUACAGGAUAAGGAUAUGUUUACUUACAAAAAAACAAUACGUAUUCAGUACAGACAAGCGCUGUCGACGGUCACGGAUGACGUCCUCGUAGGCGUGUGUUCAUCCAACAGUGUCGUCGUCGUCAGAAGCCAGUUCAUGGUUCUUGACGAGGUACUAACAACAACAACAACGCAAGCCCCCUCAGCUGCAGCAACAAUUCAAGGAUCAUUUAUUCCCUACGAAACGGCUGCACUAAUCACAUGGCUAAACCUGUGUCUGCCUAUAGGUCGUAGGUUUUAAAGGUGUUAAAGGUGCUUGGUUCUGCAACAAAGUUAAAGACAAUUUUCAACUGCAA